UCCCCCCAGCUACUGAAGAUAGUUUUUCAUGUUUCUUGGUGUCUGAUGUAGUGCUAUCUCAAUGACUGCCAAGACUGUAGAAACUAAAUUACUGUUGGAGAUAGAUAACGGGUAUAAAAAAGUACACUACUUCUUAAAACAGAAAACCCUCUAACAAGCAAACAUUUCAAUCUGUUUCUGUGUUUUUUGAGUCCCCAAGAUGUGUGGUUUUUUGUCAUUUGUUCUUCUUUCUGCUUAUAUUUUCCUGUUUCUGUGAGACAAAAUAGGAGGAAAAUUGGAAUAUGAAUGUUUUCUACCAGUUUAAUGAACAGAGUCAGCAUGUAUGGCAGAGACUGUAAGGGGGAAGUGACAGAAGCAUGUUACUGUGAGCCAAGGGAUUGCCUUUGUAUCUUUUUCAUUAUUUCUGCAGUUACUGUCAGCAAGGUUUCAUAGACUGCCUUACAAUUUUUUACAACUUGUUAAAAAAGCGUAUGAGGAAAGUUCAUUGUUUAUAAAGAAUAUUGAACUCUAGCAACAUUGGCCUCAGGAGUUCACUGACACUAAAGAAAAAUAGCAAGCUGUAAGUGACAGGGCAACAAGAAACCAUCUGUAUGCUUUCGAAGAUUAUAAAUCAAAAAAUAAACAUAUCCAGGUAUUGCCAGAAGUGUAUACCCAGUAUAUCCUUAUAUUCUGAAUAGAUCAGUUCAUUUGUUUGCUGUGUAAUCAGUCACAAAGGCUCUGAGUUAAUGAAAUCUUCCACCACAGGAGUGUGGCUGUACCACCUACUGAGCAAUUCGAGAGCAACGAGUUUGAGGCAUGAUGGGUGAUGAAGCUCUGGAGGAGAAAGUGUGUAGUAGGUUUUAGGAAAGUAAUGCAUUUUUAUCUUCAAGUAUUUAAUUGAAAAAAGGUUUGGAAGAAUGCCAAAGUCAUUUAUGACCUGCCUGGGUCUUUGAAAGACAUAUGAUCAACUUCCAGGAGAUGAGCAGUUUUCCCUGUUGUAAUCCUUGCAUAGUUAAUGCUUUGCUAUGUUUUAAGUUAAGAAGUUAAACCUGCCUUGAUUAAUAGUAAGCUGUCUGGAAAAUGGUCUUCUAAUGACUGUGUUGCCUAAACUGAAUACAGGCUGAGUUUUUAGUGACAAAAUUAAUGCUUCGUUAAGACUGUCUACUGGCCAGUUGUUACCUCAGCUGAUGAGGGUCUGCAAGGAAUUAUUGAAUGACUUUAGGGCAUGUAGUGACUGGCAUAAUGAUGAAGCAGCUGCUGAUUUCUGGCAGGCAUUUGGAGUAGUAUGCCAUUAAUGUAUACGUUGCCAGCUAUUAGGAGUUGUUAAAACCUUUUAUUGGUUCAUCCCAUUACUGCAGUAUGCUGCCUCUAGGUGUUUCCUCUGGCACCAUUUAAAUAAUUUUGGACUACACAGGAAGGAGUUCUGGGUUUGGAGUUUUUACUGAUUUUAGUAUAACACAGUUCAGCAGCAGUUGGCAAUAGAGAAAAGAAGCUGGUGUCUGAUUUUAAAUCACACGGUCAAAAACCUGUUGAAUCCAAUUUCCUUUUUUUCUGUAAUGAAGGUGUUCAAGUGGCUGUCAAAGGGGAUGACAACCUCCUCCUCAUGCCAGCUCUAAUACUUCUGUGCUCCAUAUCAGGUGCUUAAUUCAGCUUGCUGAGCCAGUAGGAAACUUGCCUAGGUCAAGGAAAAAAAAAUCACUUGUUAUAUUGUCCUGAACUAUUUUUCUCCUGGAAAGGCAGACAAGUGUCAAAGCUGUUAGAGAAGGGAAGGAGCAUUGACAGUGGGGUUGCUUCAUUGACAACUAGUUUUUCAUCAGUUUCGAUCUAUAGUCUCAUGAAAACUAACCUCAAAUUGCUACUUCUCAUCAAUAAAUUUAAAUAAGUGUACCAUGUUUUUAUCGACUUUGUACUUUCUCACUUACUGUUAAUAGCUGUUGUUAUAAACAAGUGUGUUAUGACAGUAGUUUCAUGGGGUCAUGUAUAAAAAUUGGCUGUGGUAAAUUCAGGAUAAGAACCAAAGUGAGAGGAAAAUUAUGCUGUGAAAAUGAAAUAAAAUUCAGUUGGAUUUACUAACACUUCUUUAGCAAGUACUAUUCUGAGAUAUAAAUAACUUUUUAAUAAAAGUAACUAUAAUCAGUGCAGUAAUCGAGAUGGAACACUUAGACUAGCUAUUAGCUUGAAAAAUUCACAUCUGAAGUUAUGCCUAGUUUGAAACGUCUCAUUUUUACCUAGUGGUAAUUUGUAGUUGUGACUCCAUAAUUAAGAAUCUGUACAAGAAACUGCUUAAAGUUCUAGGACUUAUUUUCGUUUUUGCCUGAAACGUAGUGAUUAUAUGUUCCAAGGCACUAUACAAUUAGAUACAAAUCAAUGAUUUAACUUCAAGUUAUUAAAUUUUAUUAAAAAUGAAUGUUUUCCUCUAUCCAAUUUUCCAUUCUUAUAAAAGUGGUGGGGUGAGGUUUUUUUGUAAUGAUAUGUUCAAGAUCUUGGGUAUAAUUUGAUUAGCUUUAAACACUCUUUAACGCUCAGUGUUUCCAUUUUAGUGAGGGAAGGGGAAAUCAUUUUCCUGAUUUAAAAAAAAAAACCAAAGUCCUAAAGGCAACCGUCAUUGUCCCCAAACAAAACCAAACAAUUCUCUAGUAUGUUUACUGUGAACCUGGUGGAGAUUUGUAAUCACUCACUUAAAAUGAGAGCUUUAGAACUCCACACUAUCCAGAGCAGAACUUGCUCUAUAAUUAUGUGGGAAGUUGAGAAGUAACAAGUUGGAGUAGUUGAGAAAGGUAGGUUACCUUUGCAAAUCAGGAAACCUUUCUUGUUUGAUCUGCUCCCCCCACCCCCAGCUUGAAUAAGAUGUUUCUCCCCACCCCAUAAAUUUGCCUUCAGAGUGGAACUAGGGGUGGGCUUAGGCUAUACAGAUUUUCCAAACCAUGGUUUUAAUGUUUUUGUUUGUUUGUUUAUCUCCAUAGGCUAAACUCAAAUUUAUGGUAAAAAUAUACUGCAGUUUUUGUUAAAACAUGUAAUUGAAUGGUCAUACCACGCAGCUGUGAUAAACUUAUCAUAGAUGAGUAUAUUGGAUCUUUAAGCAAGAAUGUCCAAAAUGUAAACAACGUACUUUUCAAUGUUAGGAGUAGAGCAGUUGAGUCUGGGCUAAACUCUUGUAUCCAGUUGGAUUUAAGAGGUAAACAAUGUUUACAAAUUUCCGUUUCCUUUGGUACUUUAGGAAUAGUGUUUGAGUGUAUGUGUAAUUUUCAUAUGAAGCAGUAGCCAAUGCUUAAGGCAAGGAGUAUUUUCAGUAUUGAAUAUGAUACUGUCACAGGGUUAAUUGGAAAGACAAAAUCAGAAGACUUUGGAUUAUUUAAAAUUUUACAUUCUAAUUAGGGGAUACAUGAUCACAGAGUGCUACUCAAAACAGUAAUUUUUUUUUUCCUGUUAGGCACCUGAGAAGUGUAGGUACCUGUAUCUGAGGCUCUCGGUUGGCAUGCAUUUUAGAUGGCAUUUCUACCUAGAAAAAAAUCCGGGCUUUUUCCCCUCACAUCCUGGUAUUUGUUGUUAAGCUUCAUUGGAGCAAGCAUUUCUGAAGUUUUAUGGUAAAGUAAAUUAACAAGUCUAAUUCAUCUAAGAAACAAUUUAUUCUGUGUGAUUUUCAUUGUGUUAUGGUCUGACUCAGAUGUGGUUGCUGAUUACUUGGAAACAGUUGUGGAGGCAGAGUGUAAGAAUGAUGCUUUGGGUGAAUAACCAUGCAUACUAAAUGUGGUAAGCUGUGAUCAGGAAACCUCUUUUAUAUGGUGUUUUGUCUUGAUGCUGAGUGAAAAUGAAAGAAAAGUGGUAAAAUGAAAAUAAUCUUUCCUGUACUUUGUUUACAUCAGAAAUUUAUUAGAAAAAUUUGACUGUACAACCAGCUACAGAUUUUUAUAAGCAUAUUUGAGAAAGCUAAAGUGAAAUACUGAUCUGUUAAAAUGAUGGGAUGUAAAACCUCUGCAUAUGCCAUGUUCUUAAUCCUUCUAAAAGAGGACUAGUAAGGCCUCUCUUCUCAGUAACAGCUUGCUCAUAAGGAUUUAAGGCACUUUUCCUUUUCAAUAUACUUGCUUGCUUUAGUUGAUUAGUCUCAGUUUCUCUAGCGACUUGUCUGUGCAACAAGGUAAAACUCAAUUUUUAACUUAAAGAUCACAUACCUUUAAAAUUUCAUUUUAAAACUACUUCUAUUGUAAGUCUUAGGGGCCUAGAGGGUUGGGUUUUUUUUUCCUUUUUUUUCCCUUUAGUGGUUUGGUGGCUUUUCAUCAGUUUUAGUAUGCAUUUGAAGUAGCUUGAAUUGCAAAUUAGGAAAUUAUGAAAAAGGUAAUUUCUUAAAAUCAUUAGCUAAACAGAAGUUGGAGACCUCGUGUUCAGGGUGGAGAAAGCAGUGCUGAGGAAGAAGAGGGAAAUCUCCAUUGAAAGUUAGGCAUUUAAUCUGCUUAAGUCAUUCUGGAAGUCAUCAAUUAUCUGCCUCUUUAGGCUUCUUAAUGCAUCUGUGUAUGCCUACUCAAAUAAUCUGCUCAUUAGCUGAUGAAAGCAGAUGAUUAGUCAAUGAAAUUGAAAGUCAGUUGUAUUUAAAUAUUUAUUCUGAAUAACUUAAGCUUUUAUUUAUUAUAAAUGUAAUAUGCUUGCAUUAAUUGAGUUACAAAUUCUUUCCAAAUACACCGUAGUAUGCAGGGGAAAGUUGUUCUACAUAAUUCAGUUUAACAAUUAAUAAGGUAAAUGGUGUGAUUACUGCAGUGUUGAUGGUUGUGGUGCUAUUCUCCUAAUUAGUGAGAUGCCUAUGUUGUGGAUCAGCCUAAAUGAUACCAAUGGAUAUAAUUUCCUUAAAAGUGGGUGGAUGCACUUGUUUCUACGGAAAACUACAAAAACAAUGUAAAUUCCCAACUAAUAGGGUAGUUUUGUAAUAACCCUAGAUGUAAGAUUUCCCAGUAUAAAUCUGGCAUGUUUACCAUUAUACUUCAAAAUUAGGGGUGUUAAUGUCUCUGAUUUAAUUUGGCUUGCUAUAUUGGCAUGUCAGUUUUUAAUUUACUUAAAAACACUUGAUUAUUCCUUGUUGAUAAAUUAUUUGAUAUCUAAAGACUUUUAGUAAGGUUUGGAGGUUUUUGGUUUGUUUUUUUUCUUUUUUAAAAAUCUGAAAUAUCUCAGCUUUUCCAAGUCUUUGAUUGCAUUCAUGUCUUUUUUUGGUUUGCUUCUAGAAAAUUUCUCCUUUCCUUUAAUUCCCUCAUAACUAGGUGGAGUUCUUUGUCGCUUGCAUGCUACCAGUACUUCUUCUGAUCCAGGCGGUCUGACUGUGUGUUCAUUACAGCUGCCCUUCAUUUCUGUGCUGCUUCAGGGAUGUCUUCAGAGAGUCUGGGUUUGAUUGACCUCUGGAGAAACAUAGUCUGACCUGCUGGCAUUGGUCAUCUGCAGGGUACUGUGAGAAUAAAUGAGGGUAAGAAAGUGCUCUUAAUCCAGUACUCAUCAUUAAGUGAAAGAAUUGAUGCAUGUGCAGAGCUGCCCAGACUGGAGGAGUAAUACAGUGAUAACUGUGAGAGACUGUGUGUGAAUUUGUUUCCCACAUUUAAAAUGGUAGAGAUGUGUUCUACUGCUUAUCUCAUUCUUCUGUGUUUUCCAGGUCAUUACUUGUCAGUCACCAGGAAUGUACUUGCCAGGCUGUUUUAGUGUUUUCUUUUGGUUACCUAGGGUGAAACAAAAUUACAGGCUUGGAGACUCUGGAAAACCUCAGCAUCAGCGUUUGAGAGUCAAGGCUUGAAAAUUAUGUGAUUAAUCUACAAGCUGAUAUCAUGAUGUCAAAAUGCAGUUCAGGAAGCAUAAACACAGAGACUGCAGAAAUUAAAACGUAGGUUGUGCUGGAACAAAAAUGCAAUGAAAGAAACACUGGAUGAAUGAAUGAAAAGCCCUGCUUUGCAAUCCCUCAGCAUGGCGGGACUGCAGCUCAUGACCCCUGCUUCCUCCCCAAUGGGUCCAUUUUUUGGACUACCAUGGCAACAAGAAGCAAUUCAUGAUAACAUUUACACGCCAAGAAAAUAUCAGGUUGAACUGCUUGAAGCAGCUUUGGAUCAUAAUACAAUAGUCUGCUUAAACACUGGCUCAGGGAAGACUUUUAUUGCAGUACUACUCACUAAAGAGCUGUCCUAUCAGAUCAGGGGAGAUUUCAACAAAAAUGGAAAAAGAACUGUGUUCUUGGUCAACUCGGCAAAUCAAGUUGCUCAACAAGUGUCAGCUGUCAGGACACAUUCAGACCUUAAAGUGGGAGAGUAUUCAAGUUUGGAGAUAACUGAAUCAUGGACAAAAGAGAAGUGGAGUCAGGAAUUCUCUAAGCAUCAGGUUCUGGUUAUGACAUGUCAUGUUGCUUUGACUGUUUUGAGAAAUGAGUAUUUAUCCCUGUCAAAUAUUAAUCUUCUGGUAUUUGAUGAGUGCCAUCUUGCUAUCCAGGAUCAUCCAUACCGUGAAAUUAUGAAGAUCUGUGAGGAUUAUCCAUCAUGUCCUCGAAUUUUGGGAUUGACAGCUUCCAUUUUAAAUGGGAAAUGUGAUCCUGCUGAGUUAGAGGAGAAGAUCCAGAAACUGGAGCAAAUUUUGAAGAGCAAUGCUGAAACUGCAACUGAUUUGGUGGUCUUAGACAGAUAUACUUCUCAGCCAUGUGAGAUUGUUGUAGACUGUGGACCAUAUACUGACAAAAGUGGGUUGUAUGGAAGAUUAUUAAAGGAAUUGGAUGAAGCACUUGCUUUCCUAAAUGACUGCAACAUAUCUGUACAUUCAAAAGAAAGAGAUUCUACCUUAAUUUCUAAGCAGAUAUUGUCAGACUGUCGAGCUGUGUUGGUUGUUCUGGGACCGUGGUGUGCAGAUAAGGUAGCUGGGAUGAUGGUGAGAGAGCUGCAGAAGUAUAUCAAACAUGAACAAGAGGAGCUGCACAGGAAAUUUUUAUUGUUUACAGACACUUUCCUAAGGAAAAUACAUGCACUCUGUGAAGAGCACUUCUCGCCUGCCUCACUUGACCUGAAAUUUGUGACCCCAAAAGUAAUAAAGCUGCUUGAAAUCUUGCGCAAAUACAAACCAUAUGAACGGCAGCAGUUUGAAAGUGUUGAAUGGUAUAACAAUAGGAAUCAGGAUAAUUACGUAUCUUGGAGUGAUUCUGAAGAUGAUGAUGAGGAUGAAGAAAUUGAGGAGAAAGAGAAGCCAGAGACUAAUUUCCCGUCUCCCUUUACUAAUAUUUUAUGUGGAAUUAUUUUUGUGGAAAGAAGAUACACAGCAGUUGUUCUAAAUAGGUUGAUAAAAGAAGCUGGCAAGCAAGAUCCAGAACUGGCUUACAUCAGUAGCAAUUUUAUAACUGGACAUGGCAUUGGCAAGAACCAGCCUCGUAACAAGCAGAUGGAAGUAGAAUUUAGAAAACAGGAAGAGGUUCUUAGAAAAUUUCGAGCACAUGAGACCAACCUACUUAUUGCUACUAGUAUUGUAGAAGAGGGUGUUGACAUACCAAAAUGCAACUUGGUGGUGCGUUUUGAUUUGCCCACAGAGUACCGUUCCUAUGUGCAGUCAAAAGGAAGAGCUAGAGCACCAAUUUCCAAUUACAUUAUGUUAGCAGAUACAGACAAAAUCAAAAGUUUUGAAGAAGAUCUCAAGACAUACAAAGCAAUUGAGAAGAUCCUCCGAAACAAAUGCUCAAAAUCUGUUGAUGCCAAUGAAACUGAAGCUGAACCCAUUGUUGAUGAUGAUGACAUCUUUCCACCCUAUGUAUUGAGGCCAGAUGAGAACAGUCCAAGGGUUACUAUUAACACUGCUAUUGGACACAUAAAUAGGUACUGUGCUAGAUUACCAAGUGAUCCAUUUACACACCUGGCUCCCAAGUGUAAGACCCGGGAACUACCUGACCAUACGUUUUACUCGACUCUCUACCUGCCAAUCAACUCACCUCUUCGAGCUUCAAUUGUUGGCCCUCCAAUGAGUUGUGCAAGACUGGCUGAGAGAGUUGUCGCUCUUAUUUGCUGUGAAAAACUGCACAAAAUUGGUGAACUGGAUGAUCAUUUGAUGCCAGUUGGUAAAGAAACGGUUAAAUAUGAGGAGGAGCUUGAUUUACAUGAUGAAGAAGAAACCAGUGUUCCAGGAAGGCCAGGCUCUACAAAACGAAGACAGUGCUAUCCUAAAGCUAUUCCAGAGUGUUUGAGGGAUAGUUAUCCCAAACCUGAUCAGCCCUGUUACUUGUAUGUAAUAGGAAUGGUGUUAACGACUCCUCUACCUGAUGAACUCAACUUCAGGAGACGAAAGCUAUAUCCUCCUGAGGAUACAACAAGAUGUUUUGGCAUACUGACAGCCAAACCUAUACCUCAAAUUCCUCACUUUCCUGUGUAUACUCGCUCUGGAGAGGUUACAAUAUCCAUUGAGCUUAAGAAAUCUGGUUUUACUCUGUCUCUGCAAAUGCUUGAGUUGAUAACACGACUCCACCAGUACAUUUUUUCACAUAUUCUUCGUCUUGAGAAACCUGCACUAGAAUUCAAACCUACAGAAGCUGAUUCAGCCUAUUGUGUUCUACCUCUAAAUGUUGUUGAUGACUCCAGCACUUUGGACAUUGACUUUAAGUUUAUGGAAGACAUUGAGAAAUCUGAGGCACGUAUAGGCAUUCCUAGUACACAGUAUACAAAAGAAAUGCCUUUUAUUUUCAAGUUAGAAGAUUACCAGGAUGCAGUUAUCAUUCCACGAUACCGAAAUUUUGAUCAGCCUCAUCGAUUCUACGUAGCUGAUGUAUACACUGACCUUACUCCACUGAGUAAAUUCCCUUCCCCUGAAUAUGAAACUUUUGCUGAAUAUUAUAAAACAAAGUAUAAUCUUGACCUUACCAAUCUUAACCAGCCACUGCUGGAUGUGGACCACACAUCUUCAAGACUUAAUCUUUUGACUCCUCGCCAUUUGAAUCAGAAGGGAAAAGCACUUCCAUUAAGCAGUGCUGAGAAGAGGAAAGCAAAGUGGGAAAGUUUGCAGAAUAAACAGAUACUGGUUCCUGAGCUCUGUGCUAUACAUCCUAUUCCAGCAUCAUUGUGGAGAAAAGCAGUUUGCCUGCCCAGCAUACUUUACCGCCUGCACUGCCUUUUGACAGCAGAGGAACUAAGAGCUCAAACAGCCACUGAUGCUGGUGUAGGGGUUAAAUCACUUCCUGCAGAUUUCAGAUAUCCUAACUUGGACUUUGGAUGGAAAAAAUCUAUUGACAGCAAGUCCUUCAUCUCUCUUCCUAACUCCUCUGUAGUAGAGAAUGAAAAUUACUGUAAGCACAGCACAAUUGUAGUCCCUGAAAAUGCUGCACAUCAAGGUGCUAAUAGAACCUCUUCUGCAGAAAACCAUGACCAAAUGUCUGUGAGUUACAGAACAUUGCUCAAUGAGUCACCCAAUAAACUCCAAAUUGAUGUCUCGGUAGAACUUGCAGCAAUUAAUGGUGUUUCUUAUAAUAAAAAUCUUGCCAAUGGCAAUUGUGAUUUAGUUAACAGAGACUUUUGCCAAGGAAAUCAGCUGAAUUACUGCAGGCAGGAAAUACCUGUACAACCAACUACCUCAUAUCCCGUUCAGAAUUUAUACAAUAGUGAGAACCAGCCCAAGCCCAGCAAUGAAUGUACUCUACCGAGUAAUAAAUACCUUGAUGGAAAUGCUAACAGAUCUACCUCAGAUGGAUGCUCCAUAAUGGCAGUGACCACCAGUACUUCAAAAGCUAUUAAUCUUUCAAAAGACAGAGCAGAUUCUGAAAAGAGCCCUUGCAGUGGGUACUCCUCAAAAACUCUUGGUCCUAAUCCUGGUCUCAUUCUUCAAGCUUUGACUCUUUCAAAUGCUAGUGAUGGAUUUAACCUGGAGCGGCUAGAGAUGCUUGGUGAUUCGUUUUUAAAGCAUGCCAUCACUACAUACUUGUUUUGCACUUACCCUGAUGCUCACGAGGGACGACUGUCAUACAUGAGAAGCAAAAAGGUCAGCAACUGUAACUUGUAUCGCCUUGGAAAAAAGAAAGGACUGCCAAGUCGCAUGGUGGUGUCGAUUUUUGAUCCCCCAGUCAAUUGGCUUCCUCCUGGUUACAUAGUGAAUCAGGACAAGAGCAACACUGACAAGUGGGAGAAAGACGAAAUGACAAAGGAAAACAUGUUGGCUAAUGGUAAGCUUGAUGAUUAUAAUGAUGAUGAAGAGAAUGAAGACCUAAUGUGGAGGUUGCCCAAGGAAGAAACAGACUUUGAAGAUGAUUUUCUGGAGUAUGAUCAGGAGCAUAUCAAAUUCAUUGAUAAUAUGUUAAUGGGAUCAGGUGCUUUUGUGAAGAAAAUUUCACUCUCACACUUUUCAACUGCUGAUUCAAACUAUGAAUGGAAAGCACCCAAAAAGUCAUCUGUGGGUAAUGUUCAGUGUUCAUCAGAUUUUGAUGAUUUUGACUACAGCUCUUGGGAUGCUAUGUGCUAUCUGGAUCCUAGCAAGGCUGUUGAAGAGGAUGAUUUUGUAGUGGGCUUCUGGAAUCCAUCAGAAGAAAACUGUGGUGUUGAUGCAGGAAAACAGUCGAUCUCCUAUGACUUGCAUACAGAGCAGUGUAUUGCUGACAAGAGCAUUGCAGACUGUGUGGAAGCCCUGUUGGGCUGCUAUCUGACCAGCUGUGGUGAAAGAGCUGCUCAGCUUUUCCUGUGUUCAUUAGGGCUGAAGGUGCUCCCUGUAAUUAAAAAGACUGAUUGGGAAGGCACUCUGUGUGCUACCAGAGAGAACUGUAACAGUGAGCAGAAAAAUCUUUCACCGAAUUCUGUGUCUGCUUCUGUAUCUAAUUCAGAGCCUUCUCUGUGUAAAGACCUGGAGUAUGGCUGUUUGAAGAUUCCACCAAGGUGUAUGUUUGAUCACCCAGAUGCUGAAAAAACGCUAAAUCACCUUAUUUCUGGUUUUGAAAACUUUGAGAAGAAAAUAAAUUAUAGUUUUAAGAACAAGGCUUAUCUUCUUCAGGCAUUUACUCAUGCCUCUUACCAUUAUAAUACCAUUACUGAUUGUUACCAGCGCUUAGAAUUCCUGGGAGAUGCAAUUUUGGACUACCUCAUAACCAAGCACCUUUAUGAAGACCCACGGCAACACUCUCCAGGAGUUCUUACUGAUCUACGAUCUGCUCUAGUCAAUAAUACCAUUUUUGCAUCAUUAGCUGUAAAGUAUGACUACCACAAGUACUUCAAAGCUGUCUCUCCUGAACUGUUUCAUGUUAUUGAUGACUUUGUGCAGUUUCAAAUGGAAAAGAAUGAAAUGCAAGGAAUGGAUUCCGAGCUCAGAAGAUCUGAAGAAGAUGAAGAAAAAGAGGAAGACAUUGAAGUACCAAAGGCCAUGGGGGAUAUAUUUGAGUCCCUUGCUGGUGCCAUUUAUAUGGAUAGUGGAAUGUCUUUGGAAAUGGUUUGGCAAGUGUACUAUCCAAUGAUGAGGCCACUCAUAGAAAAAUUUUCUGCUAAUGUGCCCCGUUCCCCAGUGCGAGAGCUGCUGGAAAUGGAGCCAGAGACAGCCAAAUUUAGUCCUGCAGAAAGAACUUACGAUGGAAAGGUCAGAGUUACAGUGGAAGUUGUAGGAAAGGGAAAGUUUAAAGGUGUUGGCAGAAGCUACAGGAUUGCCAAAUCUGCAGCAGCGAGAAGAGCACUACGAAGCCUCAAAGCAAAUCAACCUCAGGUCCCAAACAGCUGAGACUCCUCUUAAAAAUAAAUGAAAUGGGGAAAAAAAAUAACAUACAAAUAAAGCAAAUUUUUAAAAAAAAGUUGAUGUUGAGAGGAACAAAUUGGAAGACAGAAUUUAAAGUUUGUUUGAUAACAGAAUAGAUAACAAAACAUUUAACAUGUAUAAAAUUUUGGAACUAAUUGUAGUUAUAGUUUUUUGCGCAAACACAAUCUUGUCUUCUUUCCUCACUUCUGCUUUGUUUAAUCACGAGAGUGCUUUAAUGAUGACAUUUAGCAAGUGUUCAGAAUAAUUGUUGUCAGGUCUUUUUGGUUUACUUUUCUUGUCAGUACAGCUUUGCUUAGUAUUAGAAGGCCAGGGAGCUUAUGCCUAAUGCAGUUGCUAGAUUUAUAUAUAUAGUAAUCUUGGAAUUCUUCAAUCUGUGCACUAGUGCCAGUCAUAAAGCAGUUGAUAAACUGUACUGGAUGAUUGGGUAUAAGAAAGAUUAAGUGUGCCAGUAUUCUCCUUUUUAUUUUCUUUUUUUUUUUCUCUCUCCAUGUCAUCUUUUUACAUUAAGAUGGCAUUCCCAAUCAUUAUUGCACUUAUUUGUUAGGGACAGAUUUUAAUUGAAAUGGCUGGCAUACUGGUAGAGUGAAACUUCGGUUUCCUUAUGCCAUACAGUCUUGCAUAAAAAAGGUUCUUGCCUUAAAAAUAAAUAAACUCUCAUUAAUAAUCUUUAAUUUCUGAUCUUUUUUGGAACAAACUGUUUUACAUUCCCUUCAUUUUCUUAUGCAUUUUACAAUGAUACAGCUCUAUAUUUACAGUACAACUCAUUACUAUAGCUGUGACUUAUUACAGGAUUAUAAUAGAAAUUAUAUUCAUAUAUAUGUAAUUAGGUUAUUUUUAACAAUUCUGAGGAGGUGGUUAGUCUACAGUUUUUUUUAUACCAUAAAUGAAAUAUGGUCUUUGGCUAAAAUUCCAAUUUUACACAAACCUGCAAGCUAGAUAGUUCCAAUACUGGAAACAGCAACAAAUAAUUGCACAGUGCAAACUGUCACUAACAAAAUAACCUUAGACAUAUCACACCUAAGAUAUGCUGCAGAUUUUAUAGUCAAUUGGUUACGUGUUUAACAAACAGAGCACCUUUACACUUAGAGAUAUUUCCACGUAAAUUUCUUACUGUACUUUUCAGAGUUGCAUGCAUAUUUCAUCUACCAAAGCUGUGCUGUUAAAUAACAUGAAAGUUGAUGUUUGAGAUAUAACUGCCGUACUUUUGAUACAUCUGUGAUUUAGGUCCUUAAUUUAGAGAAACUAGCUCAUUGGUGUUUUGGUCUACUGGGAGCGUGGGGGGAAAUCAUACUUGUAUAUUUUAGGCUUUGCCUAUACUUCUUUAAUUAGAGUUUUGUAGGCACUCUUCACUUAAAUACCUCAGUUCUUUUUUUCUCUUCUUUUCCUUUUUAUUUUUGCAUGCAUUGGGUUUUUUUCUGUUUUGGUGCUAUGUUUAUAUAUUAUGCUUGAAAUUUUAAUUUUUUGCACUGUAACUAUAAUACCUCUUAAUUUACCUUUUAAAAAAAGCUGUGGGUCUUGUAUUCCCACCAGUAUCAGUAGAGGUUUGCUGCAAUUUUGCCCUGUUAAUUAUGCUUGAAGUUUGAGAAAGCAGAGCAAGGUGUUUUAACGUUUUCCAGCACAAUAGUUUGAACUUGAUGCUGUGUCUUAUGAACUAAAUUACAAACAAAUACUGUAUUUCCUGCUUUUAAACCCUAUUUCUUUCCUCACAAAUGCACACUAAAACAAAACAAAAACUGUCAGCUCUUGCUUUCUUAACAAAAAAAUAAAAUAAAUGCCUUAGUGACAAGGGGCAGACAUUAAGCUUUUCUGAAAUACAGUUUUCAAAAAUUCAUAUAUUUGCUAUCUCAGUCACUUUUCAGCCUGUGAAAAGGACUGUUCUUGUAUUUGAAAGCUGCUUGUUACAGGAGUCAAACCAAGAAUUAAAAUACUAGCUUAUAAAAAAGUAUAGUAUUUGUUUGGUACUUCAGUCAUGAAAGGAGGUAUAAGAACUACAAUGUAGAUGAUACGGUGAUAUGGAACAAUAAAAACAUGCAGUCCAGAUUCUCAAAUGUAAAUUGCUUUGCAUUAGCUGUUUAAAAAACUAAAAAAAAGGUCACUGAUUUAAGCUGUAGCUUGCUCUUUGUGGUAGGACUGAAGUUUCAUAGUGAAAAUACAUGAUUACUGAUGUCAACAGUUGUGUUUCUGGCCAGACAUCAAUCAGCAGAUUAAAUCAGACCAUCUAGAAAGUCUUAAGUAGUUUUAAUUACAUUAUGAAAAGCUAAAAUUUUAGUUAUUCUUUGAAUGCCUAAAAUUCUUACUGAUUGUUACAAGGUUAUAGAUUCUCAGGGGUUUCAGGUAAUUGUUAGCAGUGAAGUGGUUAUGGAGUGUUUGGGUGCAGACAAAAUCAGCUGAACCUACUCUGUGUUUCAGAACAGUUUAAUGAUCACUUUGUUACUAGAUGAAGCGUAUGAAUUGGACAUCCAAAAUGUGUAGUGGCUGACUAUAAAGUAGUUUCUGCUGCUGAUGCAUUUUUAAAUGUGUUCUAAAUGCCGCGAUUUUUUCCAGUGUGACCUCAUUGAAAUACAUUUAUCCUUUGAGGCAGAAAAUCCAUAUUAGUUUCCAUGUUAUACAUCUGUGUGUUUUACCCUACAGUUGAUAUGAUUUUGAUACUGGACAGUGUACGCUAUUAAAGACCUAAAUCUGGUCAUUUGAAGGUUGGGAUAGAAAUCACUUGACAUGCUAUAAGCACAAGUGUGAGCGGACUGUUGCAGCCCAUCUUCAAAAGCAGCCACACAGGCUCAUCAUAAAUAGUGUGGGGGUUAAUUGGCAUGAACCUUGGGGUUUUUUUAUCUAAGUCCUGUUAUACUGUACUUUAAACAGUCCUCCUAACUAUGCUGCGUUUUUAUUUUUAUGGCUUUUUUUUUGCGCUGUUCUGUUCAUGUAGCACAAAUAAGCAUUGCACUUGGUACCAUGCUUUACCUCAUUUCAAGGAAAAAAUGCUUAACAGAGAGGAAAAAUGUGGUUUGGCCUUGCUGCUGUUCUGAUUUAAUGACUUUGAAAAAGAUAGUUUUUAAUGCCUGCAAUGUGUCAUUUACUUGCACAACAUUAAAUAGGUCAUUUUUAACGUCUGUGGCAUUUUUACUGUACGUGGAAAAAUACAACAAAGAUGUGUAACAACUCUUGAUUGUAUUUUAAAGCUAUUAUUUUUCUACUACAUCAUUUUACUGUUAUGUGAAGUAAUUAAAAUUAGAAUGACCUCUGACUGACACUCCAGUAAUUAUCUCUGAACAAACCAACAUUUUACACAUAUAAUGUAAUUUUUGGGAGAAGCCAGCCCCUAGUAAUUUGGUCAACCUCAACUAAAUCUGUCCAGUCUGAGUAUUGAGUGCCCAAUAGUGACUUCUGAAGUGUUUGUUCAGCAUGAUGCUGCUAAAGUCCAUACAAAAAAAAAAAAAAAGCCUACUAUUUUUAAGUCUCAUUACACAGUAGUAUGUUGCAACUGCCGAGUACAGAACUUGAACAAGAACCAGUUUCAGUGCUGGGGAGGAAUAUAGUGGUGGCCCAGGGAUGGGGUGCUGGAUCCUCAGCUGGUGCAAAUUGAUGUUGUAUCAUUUUAGUCAAUGGAACUGCAUUCAUUUACAUACCUGAAGAUCUUGUGCUUGUAUGUAUGUUGCAGAGUUUUGUUUUUCCUCCUUGUGAGCAGAUACAGAACCAUCAACUGGAAAAUGUGGGGGGUUUAUGUUGCUGCAUAUGACAUAACAUAUGCUACAUAUUCUAUGCAUUUAUCUGUACAGAAAAUGAAUUCUUUGUAUCCCAGUCACAGCAACACAGACAGUCCAAAAAUGACAAAUAGCAUUGUGGUCUGCUGUGAUACUGCACUUGACUCUGACAGUAUUCUGGGUUUGUUUUGGAUGGGGUUCCCCAUGAACGCAUUCUCAUGGAAAGCUCUGUAUUUUUUAUAUGAAUGAAGCAAGAAGCAUUUUGAUUUUCGGUACUUAAUUACUGACACUGAUCCUUUUUCAAUUGCUCUUAUAUUCAAGAAGUUAAUUUCUUUACUUUCAUAUUAGAUUUUAAACUUUAAACACUACAGUUCAUGACUAUCAAAUGUAAUCUAAAUAUCAGCUGUAACUCAAUAUGAAUUAUGUUAGCAAAUAUCUAGAGGUCAUUGUAGUAUACUCCACUAGCAGUUAAAAUUAACUUCUAUCAAAGCUAACUACAAUUCUUAAAAAUUAUUUUCAUCCAAUAAAGUCCUUGGGGUUUUCCCUCUUUUUUUUUUUUUGAAUGGCAACCACAGACUACUUUAAUUGCUUUGUAGAUGCACUCAGAAUUUACUGCAGCAGCAAGUUGGGGAGAAAAAUGUUUGUGAACAAUAAUUGGAAAUUGCAGGCAUUUUUAUUGUAAAUAGUGUGACUGAAAAGAUGGUUAAAAUCAAGUAGAAAGUAUAACAAAUAUAAUUUGAUGGACAAUAAAAUAUUUACCAUCACAUGCUGCAGCUGUCUUUAAGGGACAUAAAAUGUAAUUCAUUCAUACUGUAAUCAUGCUGCAGAAGUUUGCAAUCUGCACCUUAUGGAUCACAAUUACCUUUAAUAGUUUUUUGUAAUAAUUGUAGCUGAGUAUAUCUCCAAUAAAGUUAUGGUCUGUUCACCUUG